AUUUUGUCUUUCUGGUGCUGGAGGAGCUGUCCAGCGGCACGGUGCUGAAGUGAGUCAGACAAAAGCCCUGCGCUUCAUUAAGUACUUCAGUGUCCUUCACAAACUAGAAGGAUGCACUGGCCAAUGAACACACUUCCCAUGCCUCUGUAUGUGGAGCUGGGCGUCCAUUCACUGAGUGGCCUUCUAUGGACUCUGCUGCUCCUGUUUUUGUGGCACUGUUAUCGGAUGGGCUGUGACCUGCCAAUCCCCGGCCAUGCACAUGCUGGAAAGAUCAAGUCAGGCUCAAGGCGCUCCAUGAUGUCCCGUAGCUGCACUGCAACCAAGUGCAGUGCACGAUACAAGCUGUCGAGAAGUGAUCAAAUGACUGCCUUCAUUCCCAUGGAAACGGAGGAGGAUGAGGAGCAGGGACAGGGUUACCUCACCCCUGUGCUGAGUCGUGCUUUGUUUCCAGCUCAGGCAUCUGCAGAGGCCAAAAAACUCUACAAAGCACUGCAGGAGUAUGCCAAGCGCUACAGUUGGGCGGGCAUGGGCCGUAUUCAUAAGGGCCUUCGUGAGCAGAUAGGACUAAAUGAUCACUCUGCUAUACAGAAGCCUCAUCUCUUCUUCCUGCCGGAUGUCCCAAGUGUUCCUUUUUUCCCACGUGAUGCACAUCGACAUGAUAUUGAGGUCUUGGAAGCCAACUAUCCUGUAAUCUUGGCUGAAUUCCAGGCUGUUUACCAGCGGGGUAUCGAUCCAAAACAAGGGUGGACUUGUCUGGGUCCAAAGGGGCAGACAGUGUUUCCCUUGUAUACUGCAGGAGUCUCUGUGGCUGGAAACUGUCGCUCGUGUCCCUGCACGUACCGGACACUUCUCUCUCUACGUACAUUUAUAAACAGCAACUCACUGGGCUCUGCUGGAUUUUGGCUGCUGAGGCCUGGAGCUACAUUGGGCAGUUCAUAUGGACCCACCAAUACACGCCUCCGUUGUCAUCUUGGUCUGCAGACUCCGCCCAUGUGUGAGCUGGUGGUAGGAGGGGAACCUCAGUGCUGGUCAGAGGGACACUGCCUCCUGGUUGACGACUCUUUCCUUCACACUGUCUCCCACAAGGGGCCUCCCGAUACCGGACCCCGAGUCAUUCUGAGUGUUGACCUUUGGCAUCCUAAUGUGGCUGCAGCAGAGAGACAAGCUUUGGACUUCAUGUUCAACCCCGACCUCUGAAUUUGCUCCUGCUAUGUGUAUAUAUAUAUAUAUAUAUAUAUAUAUAUA